AAAAUUAAAAAAAAAGUUAAACCAACAUGGCUGUUGGAAUGGCGUCAUAAAUAGUUACUGACGUUGUUUAUAUUUGUGCAAAAAUAAGUUGUCACAAUCUUAUUUAAUUUAUGAUUCUUAUUUGAGUGAGUCUAAUACAAUGUAAUAAUUGUAUCAAAAGAUCAAAUGGACGGUUAACGAUAAUGUGUUAAGAAUCUUGCUAUAAAACAAUGUCAAACAAUACUGUCGGCUCGUCGGGGCAUGCUCCCGGCAAAAUACGUGGACCUGGUAGACCACCAAAACGUACUUGUACGUGGUGUGCUGAAAGUAAAACACCUUUAAAGUAUGUUUUGCCAACUGAAAAUGGAAAAAAGGAGUUUUGUUCUGAAACGUGUUUGUCAGAAUUUAGACAGGCAUACAGUAAAGGUGCUUGUCUUAAUUGUGACAAUGUUAUCCGUGGUAACGCUCCUUCUAGUAAUAAAAAUUUCUGCUCAAUUUAUUGUUUAAACAAGUAUCAAAAGAAAAAUGAAAAAAGAACUACAUCUCCGCAAUCUGGAAAUGGAGCGAAUGGUACGGAAAAUCAUAGCAAUAACAACUCAACUGGAUCAUUUUAUGACAUUUAUCAAUCAUUUGAUUGGAGUGAAUAUAUGAAAGAAACGAAUAGUGCUGCGGCACCUCAAGAAUGUUUUAAGCAAGCUUCAACGCCUCCAGUGAAUGACUUUAAAGUGAAUAUGAAAUUGGAAGCAUUAGAUCCUCGAAAUCUAACGUCCACUUGUAUAGCUACAGUUGUAGGUGUUUUAGGGCCACGUCUGAGGCUGAGACUCGAUGGAAGUGAUAAUAAGAAUGAUUUUUGGAGGUUGGUAGAUGCAGGAGAUAUCCACCCUAUUGGUCACUGUGAAAAGAAUGAUGGCAUGCUUCAGCCACCACUAGGAUUUCGUAUGAAUGCCAGUAGUUGGCCAAUGUUUUUGCUCAAGACGUUAAAUGGAGCUGAAAUGGCCCCACCAAAAGUAUUCCAAGCAGAACCACCUACUCCUAAAUCUAAUUUAUUUGUUGUUGGUCAGAAAUUAGAGGCUGUCGAUAAGAAGAAUCCUCAACUUAUAUGCUGUGCAACAGUUGGAGCCGUUAAAAAUGACCAAAUACAUGUUACUUUUGAUGGUUGGCGAGGUGCUUUUGAUUAUUGGUGUAGAUUUGAUUCAAGAGAUAUUUUUCCUGUUGGCUGGUGUGCUAGAGCAGGACAUCCUUUACAACCACCUGGACAAAAAAGUGCUAGUGCACCAUCUAGGUUUAAAUUUAAAACAAGUGGUAUCCCAAAUCCAGCUUUACCAGAAGGAGGUUCUACAGGCGCAGGGAAUACUAAUGGAUCAAAUACAGUGAUGCCUAUUGCAAAUGUUGUAUUGAGUAUUAGAAGUAGCUGUUCAGGGGGUAGUUCCACUUUACCAACAUCUGUGAGUGGAGUUGGUGCUUCAGGAGUGGCAGAAAAUCUAGUUAAAGAGCUACUUAUUUCACACUCUGACCCACAGACAUUAACGAGGGCUAUACUCACAGCUUCUAGCAGUUAUUCCAAUACAACAAAUGUACAAGUUUCUGUUGGAAGCAAGAAUUACUCAGUUAAAGUACCCACAGAUUUAACAACUGAUGAAUUGAAGAACUGGUUAAAACUAGUUUGUUCUGGUGUCGGGUUUUGUGUGGGAAUGAUAGAAAUAGACACAGGGGAGUCUACCGGCCGGCCGUGCACUUUAUGCAGUGAAUCCACUUCAAAUACAUCAGCAGCACAUUUGAAAAGACCAAAAAGUGAAUCGCCAACAGGUAGCAUGGUGAAUGGUUCUGGUGAGGCAUCCGGUGGAAAAAUGGCCCGUGUGUCUCCAGAGAGGCCUGAGCCCGCAUCCUCGACGACAGGGGCUCCUCCGCCUCCGUCCCCCACCACAGCCCCAGCCGACUGGUCUGUGGAAGACGUGAUAGGUUUUAUAGCUGCUGCUGAUCAAGCACUGGCGGCCCAUGCUGAUCUCUUUAGGAAACAUGAAAUAGAUGGAAAAGCCCUAUUUCUGCUGAAUUCAGAUAUGAUGAUGAAAUACAUGGGAUUAAAACUCGGGCCAGCUUUAAAAAUUUGUAAUUUGGUUUCAAAAAUAAAAAAUCGUCGACAUUAUAGCACUUAAUCAUAGUUUGCCUAAGAAAUGUUGAAACUAUGAGUUUCUGUUCUUAUAGUGUAUAAUGUAUAGCAUUUGCUUAAAGUAUUUUGUUUAGCAUUUCUUACAAAUAGAUUUGGAGUUUUGGUAUCACAUGAAUCUACAAAAUAAAAAAUAAAAACACAGUACAAAAUAAUGAACAGUUAUUAGUCGUAUUUCCAUUUUAUGUUUUAUAAAACCAUACAAGUGCUGUUCAGAGUUUUA